GCAGCGAAAAUCAAGCUGGCCUUGAUAGAUAUCUCGGUAUCUGCCGAGUAGUUCGCGUGUCGUACAAAGAAGCAGCACCGAAUUAUACAUUUCAGCCUCUCAGCAUACCCACAAACUACCUUCAUUUCCUCUGAAACAUUUGAUUCAACGGGGUUUGCUUCUUCCAUUCGGCCGCCCAUAACAUAGAGUUCAAAAUGCCUAUUUUUGGUUCGCAUUCGAAUGCCGUGACUCCACCAAAGUCAAGGCUCAUUUCAGGACCGAUGCACGCUCGCCAUGUCGGAGGUGUCAGUAUCACAGGUGGCACUGGAGGCAACACAUCACUAGACAGCUACUUCGCUCCUACAUCAUUGGAGCCUGACGAACUGCCAUCACACACGUAUGCGGCCAGCGGAAAGAUUGAAGUCCCCCGAAGAUCGAAUACCUUCACCAACGCAGUACGCAGACCUAGCCUGUCUCUAAAACGUAGCAUAUCACGACUACGGGGUGGAUCAGGUUCACAAGGUUCUGAAGGACACAAAAGAAGCCAAAGUGACAACCGUCCGAUCAUGACGAGUAUGAGAUCAGAUCCAGCGGUCUCAUCAGUGCAUCAGGCCAUACAGCGAAAGCCAAGUCCGAUACCUUCCCGACCAAACACGAGCCUGGACUGGGAUGUGUACACCUCCACAACACGACCAAAAUCACCAGAGACAGAUGCUAUCCCCGAACCACCACCAAAAGACUAUCCUCGCAUCAACUCCAAGAUAUCGAUGUACAGUUCGUCAGCAUACUCGGCCGUCACGGACUACGAACAACCCCCCACGAAAGAGACACCGCCACCGUUACCCGUUAGACCUAGGCGCGCAGACUCUGGUACAGCGAUCGAGUUCGAUGAUGUACCUGCAGAAGAGAGACCGAUGGGCUUCAAGGAAAUCGCCGCGAUGCAGAGCUACAAGGACCGGAUGGCGUUGUAUGAGAAGACAAGGGAUUAUUGGGCGAACGCUGAGCAUGGGCUGGCGGAGUGGACAGGUAGGACUGGUGGGCCAAGAACCGUUCAACUGAGGAGAGAAGAAAACUGGCUCUGAGUGUCAUGAAUUCUCUACUUCAAAGUUUAGGGUCAUAAGUGUAGGGUCGUACAAGCGCUGGCUUCGACCUCUUCUUUCGUUCCUUCUUUGGUUUAUUGCAUCAGAUACCCUUCUCGU